GGGCGUGCAAGAGUAUAUAAUCGGCGGCUGUGAUGAGAAAAAGAAUCGCGUUGUAUCUCGAGUGAGUGUGUUUGAGUGCGCGGUUGUGCAUAAGUGACGCAAAAAUCACCAUUUCCCCCGGAAAGGUGAAGUGCCAUGCUCGUAAUUCCCCGAUAACAAGUAAAAUCGUAAAAAAUGUUGAGCGCCGAGAAGCAGCAGCGGUCCCGCGUGCCCGAGGACUCCCCGAAGCGCAAGUCGACGUUUUACGUGGCGCUGGACAACAACUCGGCCCCGAUCGCCACCUCCUCGGCCAAGCUCCUCUUCCCCAAGUCGGCCUCCUGCGAGUCGUCCUACACCCGGGCCGGCUACCCCCUGGCGACGUCCAAAACCGCCCCUAACGUCCCGACCCUGCUCUCGUGCGUCCAGCAGAGAGCAAACGACAGCGGCUACUCGUCCUCGAGCGGCGGCAGCAACAAGAAGAAGCUCGAGCCUGGCGGGCUCCACCCCAAGGGCAAGGUCCAGUCCCUCACGCGAGUCUUCGAGGCGUCGAAAAACGGCACCAAGACCCCGGUGGGGCCGGAACCGCAGCCGAAGAAGAAGGUGGAGCGCGCCAGGUCGUUCAAGACGAUCGAGCGCUUCCAGAACCGAUUCGCCGCGAAGAAGGAGCCCGGGAAGUCGGGCAACGCCGGGGAGCCGAGCGAGAAGGUCGUCAACAGGGCGACGAAGAGCAACAGCACCUGCGACGACAAGUCGAAGGCGCCGGUUGAACGGAGGGGCGCCGGUGUUGCUUCGAAAACACCGGUGGGGCAGAGCAGUAGCUCGGGGCUGGCGGGUCUGCUGAUCAGGCGGACCAACAGUAUCAGGUUGGCGCGGAGCACGAGCGCCCUGGUGCGCGGGGGGAGGCAGCAAGAGCCCGUGGACGCAGACGGCAAGGAUAAUGGUGCUGGUGAUGGUAGACACGAGGAGGAGAUUGUCGGGGACUCGGGUCAGGAGUACGACGAUGAGCCGGCGAGGAGCACCGGGGGAGCCGACGAGUCGGACACUGACGCCGGCGUUCAUUCAGACACUUCAUACGAGAAGGCAUGCAGAAGAGGCAGUGCUCCAGCCACUCCCGUCCUCGGAGCCCGGCCACUCGACGUCACCCCCAAUCGCAUUGUCAAUUUCUUCUCAAAGCGAUCCUUCCGAUCGAACCCGCUGAAGAGAACCAAGAGCGUGACGAAGCUCGAGCGGCAGAAGCAACGGGGCGCCGGGGCCGGCCUGGGUCCCGGGGGCGCUGGUUUGCGGGGCUGUCGCUCCCACGAGUCGCUCCUCUGCGGCCAGGCCGUGACCUCUAUGGACUUGGCUGCCGUCACGCCGAUACACCCGAGCUUGCUUGGCAGGGCCCACUGUUUCCAGGUUACUCCCACCAACGGCGGGCCGAAGAACUUUAGCUGCAGGACCGCCCACGAAAAGGAACAGUGGCUCCAAAGUCUUCGCAAGUCGGUGCAACCCGACGCUGACCAAAUGCGCCGGACGGACAACUCGCUGCAGAUCUGGCUGCUCGAGGCGAAGGGCGUGCCCCCGAAGAAGCGCUACUUCUGCGAGAUAAGCCUCGACACGGUGCUCUACGCGCGCACCACGUCCAAAGUCAAGGCCGACCUCUGCUUCUGGGGCGAGCGCUUCGACUUUAACCACCUCCCCCCGGUCAACACCAUCCAGGUGAACCUCUACCGCGAGGCCGAUCGAAAGAAGAAGCGCGAGAAGAGCGUCUUCAUCGGCUCGGUGAACAUCCCCGUGCCUAACGUGGCGUCGCGCUACCUCACGGAAAAAUGGUACCACGUGGUCGGGGAGAAGGGCCCGCUGAAGGACCCGCCAGCCCUGAGGGUCAAGUGUCGCUUCCAGUCGGUCGACAUACUGCCGGUCCACGUCUACCACGACUUCCUCGAGUAUCUCAAAACCGACUACCAGAUACUCUGCGAGAAGCUCGAGCCCCAGAUCGGCGUCAAGGCCAAGGAGGACAUUGCCACCGCCCUCGUGGCUGUUAUGCAACGGGAGAAGCGGGCGCCGCAGUUUCUCGCCGACCUCGUCAUGAUGGAGAUUCACAGAAUCGACGACGAGCGACUGACCUUCCGGGGCAACAGCAUGGCGACCAAAGCAAUGGAAGCGUACCUGAAACUGACGGGGGACCGCUACCUCCAGGAAACCCUGGGGCCCGUGGUCAGGGGCGCGGUCGAGGGGGGUGACUGCGAGGUCGAUCUGCUCAAGGUCGGCUCGGUGGCCGCGCUCCACAAACAGCAGCAGAACCUGCGCAACGCGGUCGAGCUCGCCUGGAGCCGCAUCGUCGACAGCCACUCGAAAUUCCCUCUCGAGCUGAGGGAGUGCUUUCGCAUAUUCCGGGAGCGGCUCGCCGAGAUGGGCAGGGAGGACAUGGCCGACAAUCUCAUAUCCGCCUCGAUAUUCCUCAGGUUCCUCUGCCCUGCCAUACUCACGCCCUCGCUGUUUAACAUCACCCACGAAUUUCCAAACGAAAAGGCGGCGAGAAAUUUAACGCUCGUAGCCAAGACUCUGCAGACUCUGGCCAAUUUUACGAGGUUCCAGGGCAAGGAGAACUUUAUGGAGUUCAUGAACGACGUGCUCGAGCGCGAGGCACCUGCGAUGAAGAAUUUCUUGCAACUCAUUAGCAGCCCCCUGCCGAAGGACGCGUCCACCAGUUCGAUCGAGUACGAUGGCUACAUCGACCUAGGCAAGCAGCUGUCGCUGCUCCACGGACUGCUGUGCGAGUGCUCGUCCAUCAUCUCCCCGUCCUCGAGCUCGGCCUCGCUGUCGAGGCUCAGCGACGUGCUCGACAAGAUCUCGGUGGCGCUGGACCAGCCAGGCCCCAGUCCAGCUCUGGCCUCGAACUUGCGCUGUUACCCGGGCAACCUCCAGAACAACAUAUUCCGCUACAACGACCCGACCAUCGCCAACAGCAACACGAACCUCUCGAUAUCCGCGACCUCGACGCUCAGCAGCAACCACAGCACGCUCAACGGCACCGUGGCAGACAGCACCGAGAUCCUGCAGAGCAACACCCUGGGCCACAAUGCCAACGGCGGCUCGACGAGGAGUCCUAUUGUCACGCGGGCCGCGACGCUACCGCGCAACGCGUACAUGCCCACGACCAACGGUGACAAGCUGCAGCUUCAGAUAAACGCCGACGAGUACCAGUUCGAGCCGCCAGCCUUCGUCUCCAGGUCGCCUACGCCCCUGACACGCCAGCCACACCAUCUGCAGCAGCAGCGAGUCAACCUGUUUUCCAACAAUCGGGGUGGCCCUGCGGGCUACCGUCUGACGACGAGCGCCAGUCUGGCGAACGUGAACCACUGCCAGGCGCCCAGCCACGCCACGAGUCCCACGCGGUCCGAGAGCCACAACAAUCUCAAGGACUCGAACUACAACAUAACCAGCAGCCAGUCGAACAACACACUGGCCCACCAUCAGCACCGGCACAACAUCGCCAGGCUGCAGAGCCUCGACAUCCACGAUAGGUGCGAGGACAAUUACAAUCACAACUACAAUAGCUACAGCAUGUCGAGGUCGGCGAGUCGCAACCACGUGCACGGCAAGGAGGAGAACGCCAAUCAGACGCACCACCAGCAAAACAGCUACGGCAACGUCAGCAAAACGACCAUCAACGCCAACUCGAACAUCACCCUGUCCAUCAACAAUCAGCAGCCAAACAACAAUUACCACCACCAUCACAACCACAACCACAACAAUCAUCACCACCACAACAACCAGCAGCACAACAACAACAACAACAACAAAGCCGGCAACAACGCGGUCGCGUUGGCCAAUGGCAACCUGGACGAGCUGUCUGAUCUGCUGAGGUACGCCGACGAUGAGGUCUCGGAAUCCAAGUCGCAGAAGGGCUCGCAGAUCUCGAUCUCGCAGCUGAGCAACGUCGCGAGUUCUGGCUACCAGAGCUUCGCGGCCUACAGCCAGAGCUCGAGCCCCGUCGAGUUGAGCAGCAACGGUGGCAGCAACGGCAGCGGGGCGGGUGUCGGUGGCGGUGGUGGUGGUGGUGGUGGUGGUGGCAAUAACGCAAACGGCCACAUACUCGGCGGCGCGCCUUUGGCUUUCGCCAACCCGGUAUACCACAUGGAGUCGAAUCACCACGGGAGGAACGGGAGGCGAGGCAGUAGCAGCUCGGACGAGAGGGAUGGUAGCAACGGGGGCGUCGACGGUGUCAUCCGAGGCGUCGAUCUGAGUCCCUCGCCACCGCUGCAGCAGAACGCGAGGAACCUCCAGAGGAACGGGCUGCAGUGGAGGCAGAACAACUCGGCGAUCAGGCCGAGUGGCAACGACCAAUCGUCUGGCUUGUGCUGCAACAGUAAGCUCAGGAGGCGGCUGUCUCUCGACUCCACGAGGGACUUGUCGGAUACCAGCGAGGAGGAGAGCUGUGCCACCAGACGGAGCAAGUCGAGGAGCCAUCGCAGUAUCGACCAGUACGAGGUGGAGAUCGAGAGACUGCAAAGCAGCGUUGACCGUCUGCGCGCCCGGCUGGGCACUGUUGAGGACGGCGACGUCGACGGCAUAAGUCCGGACACCAAAAUGAAGAGCAUUAUUUCCAGGCUGAUGUCCGUGGAGGAGGAGCUGCGUCGCGAGCAGCAAAAGAUGUCGGCGGCGCUGUCGUACAAGCAGCGCGUGAUCGAGGCGCAGGUACAGCAGAUAGCUGCCCUCGACGCGGCCAACUCGCGCCUCAUGUCGUCGAAUACAAGACUGUUGUCCGCAUUGAGCACCCUGAGGGAGCGUUACCACGCAGGAAGCAGCACCAACGCAAGCUCGGCUACGGGGAACACCGGUACCAAACAGCACCAGUCGACCAACGGCAAUUCCAGCAACAAAAACAACAAUAACAACAAUAACAACAACAACAACAACAACAACAAAACCAACAACAAGCACAACGCCGAUGCCCAAGCUCUGCUGCAGAAUAUCGCCGACAUCGGCGAGCUCAAGAGCUCGACCUGUUGAGCUGUGCUGUUGAUGCUGCUUCUAAUCGGAUUGGGUACGUAUGCGUGAUAAAGGAGCGACCGUGGAAUCUCGGAGGCGAGCUCGAUUUUUUUGUUU